GGUUGUUUUGUGUGAUUCAGGAGUGAAGACUCGCACCAAGGACAAGUACAGGGUGGUGUACACUGACCAGCAGCGCCUGGAGCUGGAGAAGGAGUUUCAGUGCAACCGCUACAUCACCAUGAGGAGGAAGUCCGAGCUGUCAAUGGCACUGGGCCUCUCUGAGAGACAGGUGAAGAUCUGGUUUCAGAACAGACGAGCCAAAGAGAGGAAGAUAAACAAGAAGAAGCUGCAGCAUUCCCAGCAGGCCUCCACAACUACACACCCACCUGCGCUGGGUGGACCCGCUGACACCCACAUCACCACCAGCCCCAGCAGCAAUCUUUUGUCUGACACAAUAUCAGAGGAAUACUAGGUGGAUUUUACAUGGACGACGGAUACAGCAUUAAAUAUGUA